CAGAGUCCUUCGGUGCUAUUUGGCUAUGGCUCUCCGCCGCUGCGAGGCGAUGAGCAUUAUGCUGCUCAUCCUUCCCGUCUUCGCUCGGCGUCUCAAACACAGUCAGGUUCUCCACCUUCUGUAGUUUCCCGCACGUCUUCGGCCACAGCGCUUCCCAACUUGCUCAACGCAGAGCCACCGAGGUCACCGGCAGUCACUUUUGGGUCACAUGGAAGCCCCGGUGGACUUGGAGCAUUGGAGGCGUUGGUCCAGGCGGCGACGGAGGAAAGGCGUCGGCUGAGUGGUGAGCUUCCAACUCCUAUGGAACGGAAAGAAUCUGCACGGAGGGCAUCCAUCAGUCCCGUUCUCAACCGCAAUCCGCCCCCGCUUCCUACGGUCUCGCACUCUCCUGUGCUGCAGAAGAGCCCGCCGUUGCCCUCGCCUCGCCUCGACACACGCGUCAGUUCGCUGGCCUUCAUCUCCCUAAGCCAGACGCCCUCUCAAGACAGUGAACCCCCGACCAAGAGACGCAGACGGACAGGCAGUUUCAACACUAGCCUCUCCGCCUUGGCAGGUCCUGCACCUGUCCUCCCCGCGGACCAUCCCCCGUCUACAUCUACGUCUCCCAUCGCGCCUGUCUCUCCAGUCGUCAAAGACAUAAUCCGUCCGUCUUCACCUGCCUAUACGUCGCCGUUAGUCCCCGCAUCCGCUCUCGCAGCCGCCCCUGAAGUCCGGUCUCCCACACCUCUACCCCACAUCCCUCUCCCUCCCUCGCCGCCGCCUGAUCUCGAUCCAGUAAAUUCAAUCGCUGUUGCCGCCUCGCCUAGAGCUGAACAUCCUCCUACGCCCCCUGCUAUCCCUGUCGUCCCUGCUACUCCUGCUGUCCU